UUAACUUAAAAAUCUAUUUUAUACACCAUCGUUUCCGUUUAUAUAACGCGUGAAUAUAUCCUCUAUUGUAUUCUACAACAAAAACAAUUAGAGCGACUCGCUAUCACUAGAUUUAUUUUGAUCUCCCGGGUCCGCUAUUAGCUUUUAGCCAGUUAGCAUCAGCAAGCGUGUUUGCUGCUAACUGCGCUUACAUUGCUAAUACUCUAUUCUCACACAUUACCACUGCUGUACUCACUGUUACUUGCUUUAAUGGCGGAUGAAUGUCUCCACUCUGUGCAGCUCGAGCUCGAGGCCGUGGGGAAGCAGAUUCGCGACCUGGAACAGAGGCAGGCCCAGCUGAGAGAGCGGAGAGCCGCGCUGGAAUCAUCCCGGGCUGACGCUCACAAGUCCGGGGUAAGUAUACAGCGUGCUGUUAACAGUCCCACCACGUCUACUCCGUGUGUUUCUCUGCGCAGGCCCGGUGCACCCAGGACGCGAUCUUCCCAGAUGUCCUUCACUGCGACGCCGGGACACCACGGACCCUGGGUGCAUCCACAGCGGAGGAUGCGAGCCGGGUCCCGGGCGACGACAUCUCCCCCUCCUGCCUUCGAGAUCUCCAUCCAGAACCGCUUCGCUCCCCUCCGCGAGACAGGACGCGACGCUGUGAUCAUCGGAGACUCCAUCGUCCGACACAUACCCGCGAUCCUGAAGGACGACGAGAGCCCGAGAGCGGUCGUGCUUCACGCCGGGGUUAACGACACCACGCUGCGGCAGACGGAGACGCUGAAGAGGGACUUCAGGAGCCUGAUCGAGACGGUUCGCAGCACGACGCCCGCGGCGACGAUCGUCGUGUCAGGACCACUGCCCACGUAUCGACGAGGACACGAAAGGUUCAGUAGACUUUUUGCUUUAAAUGAAUGGUUGUUGUCAUGGUGUAAAGAACAUAAACUGCUAUUUGUUAAUAACUGGAAUCUUUUCUGGGAGCGUCCUAGACUGUUUCGCCUCUGGCUUGCUUAGUUGGGGUCACUUCAUCUACAGCGAUAUCGUUGACUUGAUUGCAAAUUAAAACAGACACUAUUUCAACUGAACAGAGAUGACAUCAAUGAAUUCAAUGAUGAACUGCCUUUAACUAUCAUUUUGCAUUAUUGAGACACUGUUUUCCAAAUGAAUGUUGUUCAGUGCUUUGGCGCAAUGUAUUUUGUUUAAAGCACUAUAUAAAUAAAGGUGAUUGAUUGAU